AUAAUAUGCAUAUAUGUUUUGUAUAUGUUUUUAUGCAGGUAUGAUGAGUUGGAUACCUCCCUGAAAAAUGAUCUCAGUGAAAUUCUUAGAAAGAGUAAAUCAAUUGUAGGACCCACUACAAGAUUUAUACUCAACACAAUGGUCGUAGCUGACACAGAGUUAAUAAGGAAAGAGAUAAUUGGAGAAAAAAAUGACAAACAUAGUAAGGUCGUACUGAUGGUUGGAGAAACAGGAUCAGGGAAGACCAGUCUAAUCAAUGCAAUGAUCAAUUACAUCCUGGGUAUCAGAUGGGAACACAAGAUUUGGCUGGAGGCAGCUGAGGCAUAUGAAAACCAAACUGAGUCUCAGACAACAGCAGUUACUGUUUAUGAGGUUUAUGCAAAGGGCAGUCCAUUCUCUCUCACUGUUAUCGACACACCUGGGCAGGGUGACACACGUGGCCUUGACAAAGACAAACUCAUUCCUGAAACUUUGCAGCUGUUGUUCAGGUCUGAGGACGGCCUUCAUGAAAUUGAUGUAGUGUGUCUCGUGCUAAAGGCAACAGAUGCUCGCCUCCAUGAAAGACAGCUGUAUAUUUUGGAUGAAGUUCUGUCAUUAUUUGGAAAGGAUAUAGAAAAACACAUCACUAUACUCAUCACAAAUGCUAAUAAAACUGUUCCAAAAAAACCCCUUGAAUGCAUCAAAAAAGCCAAUCAAAAUUCCAUGUGCAAAAACAACGAAUAAUCAUCAUCUG